CGCAUUUUCGCCGCCGACAGUUGACAUUCUCAAUCGCUCUUUCCAUUUGUUUUCAUUCUCCCCUUCCACCUUCUGUUUCACCUUUCGAGAAAAACGCAUUUUGAAUAUUAAAUCAGGCGAAUACCAAGCCGAGAAAUCGAAAAUCACUGCUGAUUGCGAAGGGUGUGUGUGCUCGUGGUGUGGAACUACUGCGACGGAGGGCAGCGCAGUCGGCGGCGGCGAAAAGCAGCGGCGUCAGCACUUCCAUUUCGGCACUGCAGCUCGAAAACCGGAGAAUCAGAAACCAAUCAGCCGGCAGAGGCUAUAGCCGUCGUCCGAUCCCGAGUCGCGUGGUAUAAUCCGAGGAAAUAGUGCCCCUGACAUGGAGGAGAACAACUCCCGCGUGCUGAGCCUGCUGGGCGGUCUGGCCAUUGGCAUCGUGGGCUUCCAGGUCUUCCGGAAGGUCCUGCCCUGGAUCUACGCCAAUGUCGUGGGCCCCAAGGUCUUCGGCUCCUCCGUGGACCUCUCCAAGAUGGGCGAGUGGGCAGUUGUCACCGGCUCGACCGAUGGAAUUGGCAAGGCCUACGCCAAGGAGCUGGCUCGCAGGGGCCUGAAACUGGUGCUGAUCAGCAGAUCCCUGGAAAAACUAAACGUGGUGGCCAAGGAGAUAGGGGACAAGUACGGCGUGGAGGUGCGCGUCAUCGAUGUGGACUUCACCGGCGGCGCCGAGAUCUACGACAAGAUACGCGAGAAGACCACUGGCCUGAACGUCGGCGUGCUGGUCAACAACGUGGGCAUCAGCUACAGCCAUCCCGAGUACUUCCUGGACUGCUACAAGGCGGAUCCCAAGUUCCUUCGCAACAUUGUGGCCGCCAACAUACACUCGGUGACGCACAUGACGGCCCUCUUCCUGCCCGGCAUGAUCGCCCAGCGUCGUGGAGUGAUCAUCAACCUGUCGUCCACCGCCGGAGUCAUUCCCAAUCCCCUGCUGAGCGUGUACAGCUCCACUAAGGCCUUUGUGAACAAGUUCAGCGACGAUCUGCAGACGGAGUACAAGGAGCACGGCAUCCUCAUCCAGAGCGUCCAGCCGGGCUUCGUGGCCACCAACAUGUCCAAGAUCCGCAAGGCCAGCGUGUUCGCUCCCUCGCCGGAGACCUAUGUGCGCUCGGCGCUGUCCACCCUGGGCAUUGCCACCCAGACGGCGGGCUACCUGCCACACGCCCUGCUCCAGUUGGUCAUCCACUUCACGGAGGCCGUGUUCGGCGAGCAGUUCGCCCGCAGCGUGGUCCUCAAGAACAUCCUGGGCACCCGCAAGCGGGCCCUGCGCCGCCUGGCCAAGGAGCAGUAGGAGGGGAUGGAGCAUUUACUGGGAGUCGGUUGGGGUGGAGCGCCAGUUGGGUUGUGGGGCAAAUCCGGCUAGUCAUGUAGCUUACGAAAUCACCGCGCGUCAUUCGAAUCAGCAAACAGCAAGCUUGAGAUACCAAAAAUGUUUCCCAAAUAAACUAAGACUAGUUAGUUUUUGUCACUGAGUAGCGUUGGGGGAGAUUCGCAAACAGCCAUGUCAUGUAAACAAUAAAGCCAUGUGUGCACACACAAAGUCACUGGAUA